GCUUUUAUAGGUUAUGUAAAGGGAAAAAAUUUGGAUCAAAUGAAAGAUUGUAAUAAAAUUAUAUUGGCUUAAGGAUGUAAAUGAAAUGUUAGAAAUAAAUAAUUAAUAUGUAGUCAUUAUUUUCUACAUACUAUUUUAUAUUAACUGUGUAUAUUUUUCAUCUAAAACAAUAUGGAUAUAAGAAUUUUAAGGACAAUAUUGCAUAGUUGUGAAGAUGCAGAGAAGAGUAUUGAAAAGACCGAAGAAUACAAAGAUUUUCUAAAUACGGAUGCAUUUGUACCAAGAUCUGAUGUUGUAUUACGUGCCUUGUCUACAUCGUUUUCAAAUCUUCUGUGUUACAAAGUCUCCAAGGAAGCUUACCAACGUUAUUCUGUUCGUCUUCACGUUAUUGUAAGUUUUUCUUCUAUUAGUAAUUUUAUAUAUACAAAACAUAUAUACAAUAGACAUAUAUUUAUAUAUAUAUAUGUAUAUAAAUUGCAGGAUACAUUGCGUGAAUUAUGCCGCAUAACCGAGAGAUUUCAAUCCCUGCGUAUAUUUAGAGAUGGAGAAACUACGUUAAAAUUUGUAGAGAAUUUAAUGGACAAAUAUCUUCCAGAUGUUUUAAACGAAUGUGCGUCCAGUUACACGUUGACAUCUUUAACCGGAGCAUUGAUGUGUCUUGCAAAAUAUAAUACCCGUUUUAUAUAUUAUAUCGAAAAAAUAAUCACUAAACUUUCUUAUUUGGAUUAUACUAAUGAAAGUGAAAAGUUAUUAUGUUAUGCCAUACAUGAAAAUGCACAUCUUGGACUUAGUUUAUCCACAAUAGAAAGAAUAUAUUCUUCACAAAGGUAUAAACUAAUAGAAGAAGUGUUACUAGAUAAUUUUAUGUCGACUUGUCUUAAUAUAAAUACGGAAGCCGAUAAGGAUGGCAUAGAGAUCACACAUUCGAUAAAUGAAUUACUUGAAUUCGCAGUCAUAUCUCCGUCCAUUUUUCAAUUAAUAUGCAGCUUUUUAAAAGAAUUGUUUGUACAUUUAGAAUAUGCACCUAUGGUUUUAACAUUUAUACAAGCCACAUUGAAGCGUAUUAUCGCUUAUUGUGAAAAUAAGGAUAAAGAUAUAAUAGAUCUUUAUCCCAAAUACUUGCAUUCAUGCAUUAUUUUACUAAGAAUAGAACCACAUUAUCAUACAUUUAAUUCCAAAGCUUAUGUAUUAGAAAGAAUAACAGAAUUCUAUGAAGAAAAUAGCGAUGAUAUUUUGAUUUUACUCUCACACUUUCCUGGAUGGCUUGCAUUUGUUUCGGAUAAUCUAAUCAAUUUAAUUACAUGAACAAUUUUAACAGUUCUAAUAUAUAUAUAUGUAUGUAUGUAUAUAUCUACAUAUGUAUAUGUAUAUAUAUAUAUAUACAUAAAUUAUAUAUAUAUAUAUAGGCCAAAUAUAAUACAUUAUUUGAGAAUGGCAUCAUAUUUUUUUCUAUAGAUCUCAUUAAUUUGUUUUUUUUUUUCAAUCUAUAUUGGUGUCUUAGAAGUUACCGAUAGUACCCAAAAAUAUUUGUAUGUAAAACUAGAAAGAAUAAAAAAAAAAAAGAGAAAAAAUAAUAUAAAAAAUAUCAAAUUAAAUAAUAAAUCAUAAUACCAUAGAAUAAAAGAAAAUAUUGUGUUUUGUAAAUUUAAAUAUACAGACAUACAUACGUACUAUAUUCUUCCAUGUCGAAUUCAUUUGUUGUCGUCAAUCUUCUGAUUCGAAGGUGGACAUAAAAAGAUCACACGAUGAUUUCAUGUAAGAUGAAAAGAUGUUAAAAUAUAUGUAUAUGUAUAUAUAUGUAUAUUCGAAGAAUUUCUAUUCUCUUAAAAUUAAUUUAAAAAAAAAAGAGAGAAAGAAAAAUGAGAAAAGUCGUAGACGACAAAGAACAGCUCUUAAAAUUUUUAUUCUUCACUCGUUGAUAUUCAAUAUUUGUCACAACGUCCUAAAUUAUUUCUUUUAGCAUUCGUACAUUGAUCUUCAAUUAACAAAAUAAUACAUCUAAAGAAACCGAUUAGAAUCCAUGUAAAAA